AUGAUAAUUCUGGGGACGGCGGCAAGCUGCACAGCAGCCCCGAUUUACUUUCCACUUGUAUAUUUAAACGUGAUUGGAGAAAAGGUUCAAGACCCGGGUCUUAUAGAAAACAAUGCUGUCGCAUUGCUGCAGUCUGAGAUGAAUGCGUAUUAUGGGACGGCGAAACCCUGCCAGUUCCUUCUAAACAUUGGGACGGGAUCAUUUCCCUCGCGGUCUACACAUCGUCACGCCAGCGUCAUCAUGUGGGUGUGGGACCGUGUUCGGGACAGCGCCGCGAGCAGACUCGUGUCCAGUUAUUGCCGUCUCAUUAGCGGGGCUCCAACCUGGAACAGGUGGCGAAGAGGUUGGGCUACCGGUUGCUGGAUGCAAGAUCGAUAUAUCCGUCUAGACACAGAGUUCGACACAGAGCUCCGCUUGGACGACAUCCGCGCUAUAUCUAAGCUCAAGGCCAGGGUAAGGUCAGAUCCCAUCUUGAGUACAGCCAUCAAAAAAACGGCGCUGGUAAUAAAGGCAUCGCUGUUCUUCUUUGAGCUCGACUCCCUGCCACGCCAGCACGGUAGAAAGUACACAGCUACAGGCACCAUCAUUUAUCGCUGCCGUAGGGGUGACCCGGCGUUACAGUUACUCAUAGAAGAAUUUACUAGCAGAGGAGCUAAGUUUGUCAUCAACGGGUCGGAUCUACCGAAUAGCUGGGUCUUGGAUGCGGGCCUGAAAUCCAUCACGGGCUGCACAGGCGGAUUUGCCAUGUCAGUGCCUCUGCAUUUGUCCGAUGAAAAUUUCCAGAUCUCGAUCCGCUGGCCGAACGGGUCCACGCAUCCGAUCAGUGGAUCUCCGUUCUCGUUGUCCCGGCUCAUCCAGGAGCAGGGGCUCGACAACCCGUUUGGGCUUGUCAUCCCUGGAUACACCCCGCCGCCGCGCACAAAGCGAGAGCGAGACCCCGAAAAAUUACCUAAAGAGACCAGAAAAGGACGGAACUGGAACUCCGGACCUGUACAGUACCUUGAUAAGCAGCUGCCCUCUCUGCGCCAUAACACACAGAUGGUGGAAGCUAGUCCUAUAUACUCAGCAGUCUGCACCAACCCACCAGAGGGGUUUUAA